AUGGCUCCUCCCCCGAAAAAGGUCGAGGAAAGUGAAGAAGAGGAGUCCUCUGAGCUAGAGGAAAGCAGUGGAGAAGAGAUGAUUCCUCUGAAGAAACCACAAAAAGUAGCAGUUACACCAGCCAAGAAGGCUGCUACCCCUGCAAAGAAGGCUGCAACUCCUGCAAAAAAGGCAAUUACACCUGCCAAGAAGCCUGUGGCUACUCCAGCUAAAAAGGCUGUUGCUCCAUCACCUAAAAAGGCUGCUGUCCUAACCAAGGGAGCAAAAAACGGCAAGAAUGCUAAGAAGGAAGAGAGUGAGGAUGAAGAUGAUGAGGAAGAUGAUGAGGAGGAGGAGGAGGAAGAAGAUGAGGAAGAUGAUGAAUCUGAUGAGGAAGAGGAACCAGCAAUGCCUGUGAAGCCUGCAGCCAAAAAGCCUGCAGCAGUACCAGCCAAAAAGCCUGCAGUUGUGCCAGCGAAGCAAGAAUCUGAAGAUGAGGAUGAGGAGGAGGAUGAGGAGGAGGAAGAAGAUGAUGAGUCUGAAGAUGAAGCCAUGGACACAACUCCUGUUCAGGUGAAGAAGCCUACUCCAGCAAAGGCUGCACCAGUGAAAGCCAAGGCAGACUCUGAAGAGGAGGAAGAUGAAGAGGAGGAUGAGGAAGAGGAAGAGGAUGAGGAGGAGGAUGAGGAGGAAAGUGAGGAUGAAAAACCUGUUAAGGAAGCACCUGGAAAGAGGAAGAAAGAAAUGGCUAAUAAAAGUGCACCAGAGGCCAAGAAAAAGAAAACAGACGGGCCCACUUCAGCUUUCUCUGUCUUCGUGGGAAAUCUGGUCCCCACCAAGGACUAUGAUGAACUGAAGACUGGUCUCAAAGAAUUCUUCGGGAAGAAGAAUAUUGAAGUUUUAGAUGUCAGAAUUGGUGCUUCCAAGCGAUUCGGCUAUGUAGACUUUUCAUCUGCUGAAGAUCUGGAUAAAGCUCUCCAACUGAAUGGGAAGAAGUUAAUGGGUUCAGAAGUCAAACUGGAAAAAGCAAAGAGCAAGGAAACUAUGAAAGAAAAUAAGAAAGAGAGAGAUGCUAGAACACUGUUUGUGAAGAAUCUGCCCUACCGCUUAACUGAAGAUGAAAUGAGAGAGGUGUUUGAAAACGCACAAGAAAUCAGAAUAGUAAUGAACAAAGAGGGGAAUAGCAAAGGGAUGGCCUACAUUGAAUUUAAAACAGAAGCUGAGGCAAACAAAGCUCUGGAGGAGAAGCAGGGCACAGAGAUUGAUGGUCGUGCCAUGGUUAUUGAUUUUACUGGUGAGAAGAGCCAUCAAGACCAUCAGAAAGGAGGUGGAGAGAGGGAGUCAAAGACCUUAAUUGUGAACAAUCUCUCAUACGCUGCUUCAGAAGAGACUCUCCAAGAACUGUUCAAGAAAGCUUCUUCCAUCAAGAUGCCACAGACCAACCAGGGCAGGCCAAAAGGGUACGCAUUUGUAGAAUUCCCCACCACUGAAGAUGCCAAAGAGGCACUGAAUUCCUGUAACAACACAGAGAUUGAAGGCAGAACGAUCAGACUGGAAUUCAGUUCACCAGGGUGGCAGAAAGGCAAUACGAACGCAAGAGGAGGAUUUAAUCAACAAAGCAAAACAUUGUUUGUCAGAGGUCUUUCGGAGGACACCACAGAGGAGACGCUAAGAGAAUCAUUUGAAGGCUCUAUAAGCGCUAGAAUAGUCACAGACAGAGACACUGGAUCAUCUAAAGGGUUUGGGUUUGUGGACUUCAGCUCCCCAGAAGAUGCCAAAGCAGCUAAAGAAGCCAUGGAGGAUGGAGAGAUAGAUGGGAACAAGGUGAUCCUUGAUUUUGCCAAGCCAAAGGGUGAAUUUCAGCGGGGCGGCGGAUUUGGCGGUGGAUUUGGUGGUCGUGGUGGCAGAGGAGGAGGCCGAGGAGGAAGAGGUGGAGGAUUUGGUGGCAGAGGUGGUGGCAGAGGAUUUGGAGGUAGAGGAGGUGGCUUCCGAGGAGGCAGAGGAGGAGGUGGAGAACACAAGCCACAAGGGAAGAAGAUAAAGUUUGAAUAAACUUCCCCUUUCCUUUCCCUUCUGCUCUCUGAGACUAUCUGAAAGGACUCCGGGGGUUUUUAUUCUCCUUUGAUCUUGGCGGAGCCUUCGGAGGACAUUCCAAGAUGCGAAGCAGUACUGUGAGCCGCUUGGAAGAUACAAUUUUCAUUUCAAGGAAGAGAGAGCAAGCCAUUUUGACUGCUUGCUUAUUCAAACGAACUUUUUAAAAAAAAAUGAGCGAUAGAUGUGGGAAUUUACCCCUUGUCUGUGAGUUGUCUUGAAUUUAUAAUGUUUUACCCAUGUACAAAAGGUUUUGUUUUUCUUUUUUUUUCCUAUAAACUUCUGUAGCAUUUUUGCUGUAAAAAUGCAGAAUGUUUUAUCACUUGUGCUUCAGCACCCUGUCAUGGACAGAUUAAAGGACCUAAACUGGU